AUGUCUUCCGCUACCAUGACAGAGGACCCUACCUCUCCCACUCCGAGUCGACGCGGGCCAAAAAGCCCAAGGCCGAGCAAGCCAUCGAGAACGAUCGGCUUCUGCUGCCACAACUCCAAGCGCAUGAAGACCGACCACGAGUUGCGACAGCCUUUUAUCGGGGUCCUGGAUGGGCAUGGAGACAAGCACUACACCCUCCACAAAUGCUACCAAGACGCCUCGGCGCGGAUUGGCAACCUGCCUGCCUACCACCUGAAGGCCAACAAGGCUGCCAUUGCGACAUUUGAGCAAUCGCUCGCCCAAGCCAAGGAGGCUGUGACGUCGACCACCGAGAAGUUCAAGGAGAACUGGGCGCGCUACCACGCGACGGGUGACGAGCUACUUGGAGCCUUGGCCUCUGGCCGUCAAGGUAUUUGA